AUGGUGCUGCCAAGAUCGUUUCCUUUCCCCUUGAAUAUCGGGACCGAUAUCUGCCAAGUCUCGCGCAUCUAUCGGCUUCUGGCCAGCGACCGAGGGACAAGGUUUCUUCAACGCGUCUUCACCCAAGAUGAACGCGCGCUGGUUCCUGCCGAUUCUAUGAAGGGCAGUCCGCAAACUUUGGCAGCCAAUUUUCAAAAUGGCGAUUUUGAAGCUUUGAAGAAACACAAUCCUACCUUAUGGAAGAAGGCGACAUACGUAGCUGGAAGGUUCGCCGCCAAAGAAGCGACUUUCAAGGCGCAUCCUUUCAGGCGGCUCUCAUUUCACGACAUAACCAUCGUCAGGAAGGCGCUGGUGGAGGGCAAGGAAAAUCCUAACGGCAGCGGCCCACCCGUGGCCGUCCUCCGAAGCGAGAGGGAAGGUGAGCCGGACCAAACGGCCAUGGUUUCCAUCAGCCACGACGGCGACUAUGCCACUGCUGUUUGUUUGGGAUACGACCCUUCAGCGUCUGAGAUGGCCGGUGCCAAAUCAACUUAG